AGAGGGGGGUCUAAGUGUCCUCAGCUCCUAGCACUCACUUCAGUGAAUGUGGAUUGGGAUCAGGGACAUUUUGAAAAACUCUGUUCUCUUCAGUUUUCCUGCCUCCUCUGGAGAGUUGGUCUAACUUCAUCUUUCCUCCUGCUCUUGAGAUGGAGCCCGAUGGUGUCGCUCAAGGUGGCACACGUCUCCAGAGCCCCCGUACCCGGUGAAUACUCAAGAGGGGCCAGGAGGAGCCAACCCCAUGCACGUAGCCAGUCUGGCCUCGGAGGCAGAGAGCAAAAGCCUUGGGCUUCGGGACAGACGUUGGGUGGUGUGGACUGUGGGAGGGGCUCUUGGGCCUCUGGGUUUCUGAUUCCACUUUCAUUUCUCAGGGUGACGUUCCCCAGGCCCCCUGCCCCCCACCCCGGCAUCAUGCAUCGGACCACACGGAUCAAAAUCACAGAGCUGAACCCUCACCUCAUGUGUGCCCUCUGCGGGGGGUACUUCAUCGACGCCACUACCAUCGUGGAGUGCUUGCAUUCCUUCUGCAAAACCUGCAUCGUGCGCUACCUGGAGACCAACAAGUACUGCCCCAUGUGUGAUGUGCAGGUCCACAAAACCAGGCCGCUGCUGAGCAUCAGAUCUGACAAAACCCUGCAAGACAUCGUCUAUAAACUGGUCCCUGGGCUUUUUAAAGAUGAGAUGAAACGACGGCGGGAUUUCUAUGCAGCAUACCCCCUGACGGAAGUCCCCAAUGGCUCCAAUGAGGACCGCGGCGAGGUCCUGGAGCAGGAGAAGGGAGCUCUGAGCGACAACGAGAUUGUCAGCCUCUCCAUCGAGUUCUAUGAAGGUGUCAGGGACCGGGAGGAAAAGAAAGGUCCUCUGGAGAAUGGGGAUGGGGACAAGGAGAAGCAGACAGGGGUGCGGUUCCUGCAAUGCCCAGCAGCCAUGACCGUCAUGCAUCUCGCCAAGUUUCUUCGCAACAAGAUGGAUGUGCCCAGCAAAUACAAGGUGGAGGUUCUAUACGAGGACGAGCCACUGAAGGAGUACUACACUCUCAUGGAUAUAGCCUACAUCUAUCCCUGGCGGCGGAAUGGCCCUCUCCCCCUCAAGUAUCGGGUCCAGCCGGCCUGCAAGCGGCUCACCUUGCCCACAGCACCCACCCCCUCGGAGGGCACCAACACCAGCGGGGCAUCUGAGUGUGAGUCAGUCAGCGACAAGGCUCCCAGCCCUGCCACCCUGCCAGCCACCUCCUCCUCCCUUCCCAGCCCAGCCACCCCCUGCCAUGGCUCUCCCAGCUCCCAUGGGCCCCCGGCUACCCACCCUACCUCCCCUACUCCCCCUGCGACAGCCAGUGGGGCCACCACAGCUGCCAACGGGGGUACCUCGAACUGCCUGCAGACACCAUCUUCCACCAGCAGGGGGCGCAAGAUGACUGUCAACGGAGCUCCUGUGCCCCCCUUAACUUGAGGAAAGGGACCCUCUCCCUCCUUUUCCAGCCAUGCCUCUCCACCCCUCCACUUUUUCUGGGCCCCUUUUCCACCUCUUCUACUUGCCCCAGCUCCUCCCGCCUUAGGGGUGGGGGGCGGGUUUUAUAAAUAAAUCUAUAUAUAUAUGUACAUAGGAAAAACCAAAUAUACAUACUUAUUUUCUAUGGACCAACCAGAUUAAUUUAAAUGCCACAGGAAACAAACUUUAUGUGUGUGUGUAUGUGUGGGGGGUGGAGUGUUCAUUUUUAGGGGGUCUUGUGUAAUUUGCCCUGCUCUUAUUUUGGGGGUGUCUGGCGGUGGACCCGGAGGGCCACUUGAGGCUCAGUAAAGCUCCACUCCAUCCUCCUGUUUCCCAAGGCAGAUGGGGUGUUGGGGGAGCCCCACCAGCCCCCAAAGCUUUAGGCACAACUCCAGCCGGCUGUGAACGGGGUCUACCCUCUCUCUUUCCCCAUUUUGGCUGCUGUCCGGCCCCACCAGCACCCCCCCCCCGCCAUUGUUGAAUGUCCAGAGACUUGCUAAGACAGUGCCUUUUACAAAUGCAGUCUAUCCCCUGGUUCUGAGGAGUGAGUGGGUGGUGAAGAUGGCAUCUCCCUUACCUCCUCCUCUUGCAGUGGAAACUUUGUGCAAAGAAUAGAUAGUUCUGCCAUUUUCUUUUUUUUCCUGUGUGUGUGGCCUUUGCAUCGUUACCUCGUGGAAGAGAAGAUUCGGGCCACGGGAGGCCUCAGCCCUUGAAAUUCCACUGUGGCUUUAGCAAUGUGAACUGCUUCACCCCGUUCUGCCCCUGCCCCCCACCCCACCCCGAAACUCUGACUAGCAAGGCUGGGAGGAAAGUCCCAUCCGGGGGCCUGGAGUGCCGUGGAGAGGCGGAGUGGGGCUAACCUCAGACAAGCACAGACCCCAGAUUGUGCCAAAGGCCAGCAGCCCUCCAGUCCCCUCCCCACCCCCAGCUGAGGCAGAGUCAAGAAAGAGCGACAGAGGCAUCUAAAAGCACAAGAAGACAGAAGCCUGUAGGCUCUGACCUCUGCUCCGUCCCGCGAGGUCAGUGGGCUGCCCCCUGAAGGGCAGACCCCACCAGAUUCCUGCCCACCUGUUUUCCCUCCAGUGUACAUAGCUCAGAUCGGGGAGGAGGUGAGGAGGCUAGACUUCCUUGCAACUUAGGUGUUUGGGGUUGGGAGCCCCCCCCCCCCAUCAGGUUUGUCUGUGUUUGCACCUUGUCCUGUGUCUGAGGUGCUGUGACUGUACCCUCCUGCCCUGGGACAUUUGUAUCUCCUGGCUUUGUAAUAAAUGCUGCAUACUCUCUG